UGAGCGCCCUCGGGUGUCGAAACUCGUUUCGAUUAUGGCUUUAGAAUCGAGCCUGUCGAACUCCUCGUUUUCAACAGAAGAAUGGAAACCAUCAAGUGAUGCAUGGUUAACCUUUAACGAUUUUCGACACCAGGGAUUAUUUUGUGAUGUGGUGCUGCGAGUCGAAGAUGUCCGAUUUCCAGUUCACAGGCUAGUUCUGUGCGCAUGUAGCGACUAUUUCAGGUCUCUUUUUGUUGGGGGAUGGAAAAGCAGUGAUAAACAAGAAAUAGAGAUCCCUGGAAUCUCCCCAGAAAUGAUGUCAUCGUUACUCAAUUUUGCAUAUACGGGGCAGGUUGUUAUCACUGCUCACAAUGUUCAAGAAUUACUUCCAGCAGCUGACCAGUUUCAAAUUAUGUUUGUGAAAGAAAAAUGUUGUUCUUUUUUAAAACGGCAACUAUCUGCAACAAACUGUGUCGGAAUUCGAAAAUAUGCGGAAUGGUUUUUCUGCGCCAAACUUCAAAAAGCUGCAACUGAAUAUAUUUUGAACAAUUUCGAAGAAAUGUCUAAGAAGAGUCCUGAAUAUUUAUUGUUGUCAUAUGAUGAGGUGUAUGCAUUGAUUUCAGAUGAUAGGUUAAAUGUACGUGUUGAAGAGAUUGUGUGUGAAGCUGUUUUCAGGUGGAUACGAAGUGACAGGCAUAAUCGGAUUCAGUAUCUACAACAACUUCUGCAGAGUGUUAGAUUGGGGCUUCUGGAUCCAGAAUACUUCAUGACAAAAGUUAAAGGCAAUGAUCUUGUAAUGGAGCGCAUAAAGGACUGUCGCGUGCUGGUAAAAGAAGCAAUGCAGGUUGUGUGUGAUUUACAUUCUCCGGAAUCGGAAAUUCGCAUGGCAAAUUCAAAUGCUUACCAUCGAUUGUUAAGACCGAGGUUACCAAACGAGAUACUGCUGGCUGUUGGUGGAUGGAGUGGCGGCUGUUCUACUAAUGCAAUAGAAGCGUACGAUCCCAGAGCAGAAACAUGGGUGAAUAUAAGCUCGAUGCCAGGGCUUGUAGAAGAGCGACCGAGAGCAUAUCAUGGAGUUGCGUAUCUCAAUAAAUGCGUGUACAUCAUUGGGGGAUUCGACGGCGUCAAUUAUUUCAACACCAUGAGGAAAUUCAAUGUUCAGACUAACGACUGGAUUCAAGAACCUUCAAUGUUUCACAAAAGAUGUUACGUUAGCGUUACAAUGAUGGGAGGACGCAUUUACGCACUAGGUGGAAUGGACGGAGAACACAGGUUAAACACAGGAGAAUCAUACGAUCCUAUCCAACGAGUAUGGACGAUUUUACCAGAUAUGAAUGAGAGGCGCAGCGAUGCUAGCGCGGCUGCUCUCGGCAAUAAGGUUUAUAUAUCUGGCGGUUUCAAUGGUCAGGAGUGUUUAUUCACAGCGGAAUUUUACGAUUUGGACAGUUUAUCUUGGACUCGCAUCACACCUAUGCGCAGUAGAAGAUCAGGAGUCUCGAUUAUUUCUCUUCACGGAAUGAUUUACGCAGUCGGUGGAUUUGACGGGAUAAAUCGGCUGAGAAGUGCAGAAGCCUACUGUCCUGUAACUAAUACAUGGAGAUCGAUUGCUACAAUGAAUAAACCAAGAUCCAACUUCGGCAUGGAUGUAAUUGAUGAUCAAAUAAUAGCAGUGGGUGGAUUUAAUGGGCAUCAGACAUCCGCUGACGUAGAGGUUUAUGACGACACUACGAACGAGUGGUACGAGGUACGGGAAAUGCACAUAUUUCGAAGCGCAUUGAGUUGCUGCGUAAUCAGUGGACUUUCUCAUGACGUCAUAAAGAAGUUCUGCGUCUCCAGAGAAUUGAAUAACGUUUCCAGAGAUGGCGGGGCACGUCGUGCAAUUGCUCUUUCUACGACAAAUUUUGAAGUCCAGGCUGCAGCAGCCCCUUUAGCACCGCACAUGGGCGCUGAAGAGGAUAUUUCCGACGAAUUACAAUCAGACGAAAACUCAGACGAAAUUAUGGAAUAAAUAAUGUUUUCUUACAUAAUUUUUAAACGAAUAGGAUUUUUUUAUAAUUUAUAUUUAUAAUUAUUUACAUUAACAUAAGUUCAAUUGUAUUAUAUGAUGGCAUGUCUUUUAUAGUGUGAUAUACAAUAAGUGAAAGUGUGUGUUUA